AUGGACCCUGCACCAGCAUCCUACUACGGGCCCCUGGAUAAAAACAACCCCGUCCUGUCAGCUUUUCAAAGUGACCUAAAAGAGUUUAAAGCGCAUAUAAAGAAGCUUUCAGGCUCACCGAACUACGACUACCGAUCCUACUCUAGAGGGUCCAUUAAACUGUUUGAAACAUGGAACAAGUAUAAAUCUCGCCUUCCUCCCUCUUAUUUCGAAGAGCACCUAUUCCAAACAGCAGAUUUCCUCCUUGACUCCAAGCUUUACAGGCUUGCUCUCUGGCAAGGGUACAGACUUUAUCUGCAGCAGUUUUGCACAUUAAGCCUAGAAAGCAUACGAGACGUGGAGCACUUCAAGCAGUCUUUCUUCUCAGACGGCUUUGAUUCAAAAAGAGCCCGACUUACGUUCCGUGCUCUUCAGGGAGAAUGCCAGUGCAUCUUCUAUUUGGAGAAAGAGAGAGGUGCACUGCCAGACCAGAGUGGGGUUCAAAAGCUGCUGAGCAUCCUGGGAUUUGUGCGCAUUCUCAUGCAGGCUGUUCUGCCUGAUGAAAGUUUAUGCUGGAUCCUCUACAAUGGCUCGUUACACAUGUACAACAUAUGCAGAUUCCUGAUGUCAGCAGGCCAUGCGUCACAGGUUUUAGAGUACUUACUAUGGGCAUGCACAUGCCUAGAGACAUCUGUUCCUCUAUUGACUGCCAGCUUCCUGCCAUGGAGGGCCACACUUUACUGUGCUGUGUGCGAAUGUUAUUUUCAUGACUGUGCAUCAGUUCAGGCAGAGGUGUUUGCUCGCCGAGCCCUUGGCAAGAUCAGUGAACUGGCCAAGCUGGAGGAGAUGACUGGCUCCCAAGUGUCAUCGGAGACCCAACAAGCUUAUAAGGAGGCCACAGUAAAACUUGCAGUGAUGGUGUUUAAGCGUUCAGUAUAUGAGCCCCGAAGGAAACCGAAAGGCCUCUUCAGACCCAAACAGAAGAGCAAUUUGAAAGAGCUACAGCUCACUCCAUGGCCUCGCACACCAACCGAGCGUAUCCUGAUGGAGAUGUUCGAGGGCAAUGCUGCUCGGUUUCUGGCGGUGCUGGAAGCUCUACAGGACAGCUCUGUUAGGCCUCUGCAGACCGGAUUGCCUGAAGAAUUUGAGGUCCAGGAUGUGGUGCUGGAGCUCAUUUCGGCUGGGACUAGCUUGUUGUCUGGUUUUGGUGAUUCUGAUCACACUUUUGAUGAGAGCCUGCCUCCCUCUGUAAAUGCAGUCACUCCUACCUCCUCUCUCUUUGACACAGCUGUUGCUGGAAAGAGUAAGAUUGCAGUAGAUGCUGCGGUGAAGUUUGUGAAGCAGCUCUUCAGAUAUGAACAGUGGAGCACGUUCAGCUCGCUCUCUACGGCACUUAUGUCAGCACUAGCUAACAUGGAAGGCCGCGCAUUUAGGAAGUAUGAGCUGGAACUGAGGAUUUUGGAGGCUGUGGAGCGUUUGAUGUCCACUCAAAGAGUUAAAUUCAUCAUGAAAGAUGCUGCUUUUGAUGACAAGAACAUUGUGGCAGCAAUUAUGACCGAAGAAUUUUUCAAUCUUAUUCAGACACUUCAUGCUUGUGUCUGCAGAACAGACAAGGAUAUCCAGCCAAAUGCAGACUUGGUGUUGGACAUUGUGCUCUUCUUUUGGGCUAAAUGCAAAACUGUCUUUCAAAGAGCACAGUCGAGACACUAUGAACCUGUGCGCUACCUGGGAAGGAUGGCAAACCAAGACCAGUGGGUGGAGACCCUCCUUUUGCUGUGUGAAGUGGCCCAUGAGCACCAGCUGGCUGAAGUGGACUUCUUAUUAGUGACUGAAAUUACUCUGAGACUAGCCAUGGUGCUGGAAAGCAGUGCGGACGCCCCACCACAGUCUGGGAGAAAGACAGCCACCACUGAAGAUAGCAGCGAAGAGUCCAUCCCUGUUAGAAAAUCUGCAAGCUCCCUAUUUAUGAGGUCCAGAACUGAACAGCUGCAGACUGCGUUGGAUGUGGUGGAAAGAGGUGUGAAAUGUGUGUCCAGAGGAAGGGCCAGGUCACUUUAUGGGGGUUCUGCUGUCUUUGACGAGGUGUUCAUGGAGAAGUUUUGUGACACUAAGAGUUCCAAGAGCAACAGAGUCCCAGAAAGCAGCAGUACCUCUGACCUUGUUGCUCUUUCCAUGGAUUUACACAUGGAGUUGCUGGUCUUCCAGCACAGACUAGCUCUCAAACUGUCUGAUUCCUGGUCAGACGAGAUGAGUUUGAUGGAGUUUAAGAAGUCACAUGCUAUUCAAGCACAGGCCUCAGAAACAAAUAGACCUACAGGAGACUCUGCGGUACUUGAAAAAAUCAAGAAGAACAAGAUCUCUAAGUGUGUUUUCCUAGCGCAGAAGGCCCUGUUGGCAUUCAGGAAAAACCAGAUGAGCCGAGAGACCAAGAAAAUACUUGAGGAGGCCAUAACGCUAAUGGAGAAAGCUGAGCUUGAAGAGAGGAGGCUGGUUAGUUGUGCUUAUCCUUCAGAGAACAAUUUAGGAAUGCCAGAGAAGAGACAGCCCCAGCCACCAGCCCCAAUACUCCUCUCACGCUCCAACCUCUCCAUGACCUUCAAACCUGCACAAUAUGCCCUUGAGGAGGAGGUUAGCUGGUACUGUAUUUAUGGAAGAGAAGCAGAGGGUGUCAACCUAAAAGUACGACUUAAAGACUGCUACUUGAGUGGGACUGGAGAUAUGAUUCCUGCCAGAGGUGAACAUUUACUUCAUGUAGACGGGUUGGAACCUGAUAAGAAGUACAUUUUUGCAGUGGCUGCUUUUAAUGCUCAGGGUAAAAUUGUGGGGGGUGCCAUUGGAGAGACCACCAGGCCUCUACUUGCCUCCCUGCCUCUACCACUACUAACAACCUGGGCCCACAUAGCUCAGGUAGCUUAUCAGACAGGACUCUACUCCCUUGCUAAAAGAGCUUGUAAUGAGCUUUGGAGCCACUUUACUCUUCCCUCAAACUCAAGUCCUGAGGGUCCAGAGCCAGAACAAGAAGCCUGUCUUGAAGGAUUGGCUCAAACAAGACUCCGCCCAAAGACCCUGCAGCUUUCUUCUCCUCUCCUCCAGCAGCUGUUUUUUUUCACCAUUUUCAUUCAGACAGAUAUUCAUAUUCAAGAGGAGGCACUAUUCUGUGACAGUCUCUGUGAUGGAGGGCCUUUGAUCUGGGGCCAGGAGGCCAGGCUUGCAGAGUGUGAAAGGAUGCUGGUGGCCACUGAUCUUGCUCUGCACCUCAAUGACAGCAGUGGCGCCCUGCAGGCUGUAGUGAGCUGUUACGGCCUUCUCACUCCAUUAAUCUUCAACCAGAUCCCUUCUGAGCCUGUUAUAGAGGUGCUGUUAAAGUGCUUUACGGUGCUGCUGGAGAUUCCAGAAGUCCUCAAGCAGAAACGGCCUGUUGCCACCACAGAGUCCCUGCAACACAUGGUUGCCUGUAUGACAUAUUAUUUAGCCAAGAGCUUGUGCUGCACUCAGGAGAGUCGUAUGGCAUCAUCUGUGUUUGAGCUGGGAAUGAAGCUUCUUCAGGAGAUCAAUGAGCCCCCACAGCAACCUGCCAAAAAAACAUCAUCAGUGGAGCUGGAUGGGAAGGCAGCUUCCAUCCAUGAUGUGGGGCCAAGCGAGCAGCUAAAUGUUUUAGAGGCCAUUGUCAUGAAAACCAUGCAUACAGAAACAUUAGGAAACCAUGAUGUCACUUCCUGCAACAAAACAGGGUCAGAUGGAUGUGAGCUUACUGGACAGGAAGAUCCUGUUGUACUCUACAUGGUGAUUGAAAACAGCCCUCUCCAGCAUGCCUUUAAAGAAGUGAUGAAGUUCAAGCAGAAGUCUUGUUUUCUGGAGUUUGUUGCGCACUUGCUUCAGAAAGCCCUGCUAGAAGAUGAGCUGGAUCUUGUGUUGCAGUGGGAGCAGAACAUCUUGAACUGGCUUAGCAGACGUGAUGAGGCUUUGUUCGGGCUAAAGAAGAACUCCGGUCUACCAGGGGAGGAGUUUAAAGACUUCACAACCUCUGUAAUUGAGUACAAUACCAAAAAACAAAAAGAUGGCACAUUUUGGGAUGGCAGGAAGUUGCUACAGAAGAAAAUUCUGAUUGCAUUCAAGAGCCAAAACUCUCAAAAAGAGGUCAGAGCUGUGGACAUCCUGCUAAGUCAACUGGCUACUCUUAUCAGAAGACAUCAGCGCCGUUGGAAGCUGAGGCAGAUGCGCUCUGAGGAUUCACUGUGGCGUUGCCAUGUCAAUCUGAGUCUGGCUUGUGCCAACCUAGGCCUGCUGAGGAGGAACCUGGGACCACCAAAGCUCUGUUUCAGCCAUCUUUCGCAGUCUUUGUUUUCUCUGGCUCACUGUGGAAUGCUGAUUAUGUGGAAGAACGUUCCACAGCACAUAAGGCCACCUGAACUGACUCUUCCACAUCCCAAAGCUGUACCCCGUCCUAGACGCCGUGCUCACAAAAAGGAAGUGAAGCACAAAGUUAAAGAUACUAAUCAAGAAGAACCAAAUAGCAGUGACGAGGAGUUCAACUCUGCAGAAAGUGAUGUUGAAGGUGAAGUGGACUUUCAGCACACCCACGACCCUGAAGCUGACGGCACUCCUGCUCAUCAAACCACAUCUCAGUUACUGGACACACUCAACAAAGCCUCUGUACACAUGCGCAGAGCUAUGGUGCUGGCACAUCGGUGGGGUCACUGGACAACUUUACAAUGGGCGUGUCGGACUCUCUGGGACCAAUCCAGCACAUUGGGCCUGAUGUUAGAGCGAACCCAAGGCCCGGAUGCCCAUGCCGGACGGCUGACGAUAGAGCAGCUAUAUACAGUGAUCACUCCCCUACUAGUACUGGCCUCAGAUCUUCUCAUGGAUAUGAUGGAAAAGCUGAAGCUGUGGAAUGUGUAUGAUGAUCAAGAUGUAGAGCUUGAGGCCAGCCUGUACUUCUCUGCUCCAGUGGAUGACGGGACAGUUAUAGAUUUGCGCUGGCUGAGGACUCUGGUUCUGCACACAUUAGAGCUUCUGUACUAUCAGGCCAAGUGGGAGAAUCUCGCCCACCUCGCCCUACUUUUCAAUACAUGUACUAGGGAGCGCUACUCUCACAUGGUAACACCUGUUCUGGUGCAUGCGCAGAGGAGGUUGUUGGACAGGAUCAGCUGUUUCGGGGGCCCUCCAGCCCCUCAACCUCACUUCACCUACACUGAGAUGAUCUCUGGAGAGAAGGUGACAUGCAGGAAUUAUGCAAGCAGACAGUUACUGUUUCCCUGUGGAGGAGGUCAGAUUAUGAUCACUGACCCAGAGCCCAAGAAACUGGCAGAUGUGAAGAGAGCCAUGUGUCUGGUGUGUGUACCGUUGGAUGUAGAGGACACACUGCAGUGUUUCAGAGAGACACUGGAGAAAAGACAUCACACACUGCUGACCUUUCAGCACAGCCGAACUCUACUCCUUCUGCUAUUGGCGGACACACAGCACUCAUAUGUUGAGGUGCCAUUCUCUAAAGAGAACAGCGGCAUUCUGCAGGGAAAAGUGGAAUUCAGCAUGGCAGCCAGCACCCUGCCAGGCAUCAGCCCUCCAGACCUCUCUGUAGAAGACUUCAGCUCUUUGGGCUCCAUUUACAGCACCACCCUGCCUCCAACACAGCUCCAGACUGUUUUCUCUUCCUACAACAAUUCUAUUAAAUAUCUUCAAGCAAAUAAGUACAACUCCCUCCAGGUGCAAGCUCUCCAUGAACUUGGAACCUUGCAUUUCUACAAUGGAAAUCGAAAAUCCGCACACUCUUUCUGGAGUAAGGCUUUGGACUGUGCUCUGCAAAGCUCUGGAGUUCUGGAAUCUUGGGAUGGUGACUCAUGGGGCAGCAGCUCCUCUCAGGAAACCCUGCGGCAUGCUGGAGUAUGGGGCUGUCUUCAGGGAGCUUUGCUUUCAGCCAGGAUUGCACAGCACAUCCUGACUUCCAACAUCGAUCAGCGCACAAAGUGCUGCCUUCUCUCUGGCAAACUCUUCAAGUGCCUACUGAUGGCCUCUAUGCCCCAUCCGAUAACAGACCUGUCCUACUCCACGUACUCUGUGGAGACGGCGCUGAUCCCAGGUAUCGACCUCUUCUCUGAGCCAGAUCGGGGGAAUCUUGGCACCACUGUUGCCAGUUUGUCUUUUGUCUGCCACUGGCUGUAUACCUCAGGACACCUUCUCAAGGUUCUUCCUGUGCUGGCUCUGUACCUGUAUAUUGCCAGAACAGUGUGUCGGGAUCUACACCUCACUGUCACAUGCAGAAUACUGAAGGUAAAGGUAUUGACCGAGUUGGGGGCCUUCACUCAGGCAUUUAAAGAACUCAGCAGUCUCACAAUUGGCAAGGAAAUCCCUGUACCUCAUGCAGGCCACCACAGAGCGGAGAAGCCAUCUUGGGCAAAGGAAAUAUUUAAUGAAGGGAACCCGCUGUUGGAUUCUUCCAAUCUUCGAGUUAUGGAGGAAGUGGUUAAUAGGAGGCCAUGUAAAGACAUUGUGGCUCUUUAUGGCUCAAGAUUGACCAGGCAGCUCCUGAUGGCCAGAGCUAAUCUCAUCUUGGCUAUAUGUAGCACUAUACAUGACCUGCCUGAGCCACUUACUCCAGAGUUAUCCGAAUCUCAGGAGAAACGCUCUAGCACUUCCUGUUUGCCUGAUGUCUCCAGCAGUGACGAGUCCAAGGUUCUCCAGCUCAGUGCCAGGAAACUCACAUUAGGAGAAUUCAAGGCCAUACUUUUAAAAGAAGCACAUGCUCUGGUUAGUCCAGAGCUCUUCACCCCGCAUCCUCUGAGCACCGAUCCUGAAGAAAUGGAGCUGGCAGUGGAGAUCAGACUGUUAAUGUCCAAUAUCAACAUGCAACAGGGCAGAAUGUCUGCAAGUGCAGAUCUGUCAGUGUCUGCUUUGAGGCUCCUCCAGAGGUCUCCUGUGUUUCAAAGUGAUUUCCGCCCACUGCCUCCUCCCGGACCACCCUCCUCUGCUCUCAGACGACCCAGAGCCAAAGCACAUCAGACAAGCUUCCGGGACGCAAAGUCUGUUCUCGAUCUCCAUAGCGGAGAUGUUCCAGAAGAAGUGGAAGCGAGAGAACGCAUGGAUCUCCUUUUCUGGCUGCGCUGUAGGCUGGCGGUAGUUCGCUCCCUUGUAGGCCAUAUCCCUGGAACUGCAAUCUGCUCUGGUGCGGACAGCAGUACAGAGGCGCGUCGACUGCUGAAAGAGGGUCUGGAGGAAGCCGAGGCCUGUGGAGACCCUGACACUAAAGCCCUGCUGCUCCUACAAGGUGUCCAACUCAACAUACACCGUGGCAGACCCAGAGAAGACAGUACGUCCAUGCUACAGGAGAUUGUGAGUUUGUUAUCUGGCCGCAGUGCUCUAUCUCUGCGCUCUCAAAUGACUCUAGCUGAGGCUGUGUUACUUCUUAGUGAGCUGAGAGGAACAGGAAGCCAGACUCUCCACCUGCUCACACAGAAACUACUGCAGCAACAGCUCUGUGCCUUUGGAGAGUCCAUAGGUCUCAAAAAAGGAGGCGAGGUGGAACUACUAGCUGGCCUAAAGAAUAUUUAUCUUCCACAGCUUCCCCUGCUGGCAAAGACAACCAUGCGGAUUGGUCACUCUUUGGCAUUGCAGGCUUUGUCAAGUUCCUCUGAGGGAGGUGAGGAACCCUGGAGGCCCUUAAUAUCUGCUCAGGAAGUUCUGCAGUGUGCGCUCAGCAUCUCUCAGGCCUCUGCCAACAGAGACCGCCUGCUGGAGGCUGAUAUCCUGUACUGUACAGGAGUGGUGGGCAGACAUCUCAUUUCCAUGCAAAAAUCUGAUCCCCAGAAAGUCCUAGAGGCCUUUUUUGGGUGUUUAACCACAUUUAACCAUACACUUAGCCAAAGCUUGCGGUUGACCCAUACUUGCUACCUGGAAAUGGCAUUGACAUACUUGCAAGAGUGCGAGCAGAUUAUCUCACCCUCUGAAAAUCUGACUCCAGCACCUGACGAGACCAGAAAGGAAACAGUCAGAGAGACCUGCCUUCUGCUCUGCUGGAUUUGUUUGAGGAUAGCUUUAAAGACAUCAGAAGUUAUUGGCAAAUGUGGCCAUUUGCACGGAUUCACUGGAGUUACUGAAAGCCCUGUACCCCUUUCCUCAAUAAAAGCCCUGCCUGACUUUGCAUUGAAUGAUCUCUUCCACCCCUGUGGGGGGCUAGAAAAUGCUGAGAACUGUAUCACCAGUCCUGAGGCAUUCAUGGAUGCUGAGCAUGAGAUAAACAGCAGGAAAUGCUCUCAGCUGACCUGGGUUCAUAUGUCCCGCUACUACAUGCACUUAAUCAACCUGCUACAGGUCUCUUCACAACCAGGAGCAGUGCAGGGUGUUGAUGGGCUGCUGUCCAUGUCCGGUGAUCCUAAAUUUGCUCUCAGACUCUCCCAGUUACACACCUUCUUUAGCCAUCACCAACCCUCUUACAGAGAGCAGUGGGCUGUUCCUGAUCCCUCUGCAGCUCUAAUACUGAGGCAUCAGAGAAUACAGCGUGACCAGCCAUUGUCAGAUCUUUACCCCUGGGCCAGCACUGACAUGCAGGAACUGAGCAUCCAGUGGUACAGACCCAUGUCAGAGGACAACACGAUUCUGCUUCUCUUCGCUGUAAAUAAUGUUCCUCUAUCAGCAAUGAACCCUAUUGCAGACGCAAUGGCAGCACUACAGGCUGGACAGAGAGCGAUCUGUUUAGACAGGCUGAAAGCUGUUCAUGCACUGCUGAACACAGCAUGUGUAAAGGUUGAUGGGCAUGUUUCAUCAUCCACCAGCUCAGCCUCCUCCAGCCCAAAAGAAGAAAAGGAGCAGAACAGAACGGCUACGUCCACCCCUCACCGUCAGGAAAUGCUUUUGGAGAAAACUACACACAUCUGCUCUGAGAUCAGGAAUUUACUGAAGUCUGAUUUAAAUUUAGCACCCAUCACAGAGAUUCCCUUUGACCCAAGCAUGCAGACUCUUCUGAACCUGGAACGCUGCUUUAAUCAUGCAACAGGUGGCACACUGCAAGAUACAGCCCUCAUAACAUGGCUCCUCUCUCUUCUGAGAUAAAACCCACAGCCU